AUGAGGUUUGGUGUUCGUGGUAAACUGAGUCCUAGAUUUGUUGGACCAUUUGAGGUUUUAGAUCGAAUUGGAGAGGUAGCUUACAGACUUGCUCUACCAUCUUCAUUAGCUGGAGUUCAUAAUGUUUUUCAUGUCUCAAUGUUAAGGAAGUAUAUACCGGAUCCUAGUCAUGUGAUUGAUCAUGCACCGUUGCAGUUUAAGGAGGAUUUGACAUAUGAGGAACGCCCUAUACGAAUUGUUGAUGGGAAGGAACAGGUUUUGAGGCGUCGAGUCAUCCACUAUGUUAAGGUUCAAUGGAGCAAUCACUCAGAAAGAGAAGCAACUUGGGAACUCGAGGAUAAAAUGAAACGAAAGUAUCCACAACUUUUUGAGACUUCAGGAGAAGUUUAUGAAGAAAUUAAUUGA